AUGUCUGGUGCUGGUGCUGGAGCUGGUGCUGGAGGCGGCGCUGUGGCUGCUGCGUCGACGACCCCUACUGGCGCUUCUUCAUCACCAUUACCGGCACCAUUCAUUCUUUCAGAACUUGGAUGGACUCCGCCCCCGAACCUAAUGGAAUUUGGGGCCAACGGGGGGUUUACUGUUCAGGAACAACCACAUGGAUUUGGCUUGCCUGGAAGCUUGGCCAGUCCUCUUUUCCCGUGGUCACAGCUGCCGCCAUUGAACGACGCUACUUCGCUAAGCUUGGCACCUGCAACGUCCCUUGUACUGAACUCUGCGACCUUCUCAUAUUUUGUCGAGCAGGUGGAACCACCAUUCAUCGCCACCGUGGAUGAGCUUAAUUGGAAACCAAUGAAACAAUAUAUGGUCGAUCUGGCCUACCGUCAUCCGGUCGUAUGGCAGGCAAUCUCUGCUGUCGAGUCGCUGUACAAAGCCAAGGCUAACUACGACGACAAUAUGAAUUCUAUGGCAGCGUAUUAUGCUGCAAAGAGUGGAUAUGCCAGUAUGCUGGAACGAGACGGGGAUGAGCCCGAGACGGUCAUGGUCGCCACCUUCCUGCUCUGCUGCUUCGAAAUCGUGGCACAACACGAGACGGUAUCCAUUACGCUAAAGCCAGAAGGUGCCCUCGUAGCCAAGCUGACAGCUUGGGACGCCGUGCCCCCAUACGUAUGGUCUCCGGUUCUACGUCGCCUCCAAGCGUGGUUCCAAAUCCUCCACGCCCGGACCCUGCAUCUGGGCGGUCGUGGCCUUCUGUCUCCCAAGGUGAGCAGGCUCCUGAAGUGCAACGUCCGUGGCCAGACACCCGCCCUUUACCCCCUGGAAAAUGAAACUCCCGACCCAGAUCAGACAAUCGUGCGCGACCUCUCCAGCACACUGUUCGAGUUUUACCUAGAAGUACAAGACAUCAGUGCUCAGAUCACCGGAUUGAACCGUCAUCACCGCUCGCGAGGGUUUCAAUCCGAUGAACGGGAAGUUGAACAAGUGGCCGAGAAGAUCCAAGAAACUCUUCGUUAUUUAUGGCAACGACGACCGGCAUUAUUGCGUGCAGAUAGACAACAGCUACAAGAGCAUCUCCCCCAGACGCUGAGAAGUCCACUCAGCCGGCUUGUCGAUCUAUGUAGCGCUGCUUACUUCACCGAGAUCAUCUACCUGGAUCGUGCCUACGGAAAAUCACCUUCUGCGUCCCCGGAAGCGCUGCAGGCCAUGCACCACGUUCGCCACAUAGUUGAGUCUCGCUUCGAGAGAUCUAAAGUGGAGCCCGGCUUCAUAUGGCCGCUAUUCAUGUAUGCGGUCGAGCAUCCAGAUCCAGACCAUUCUCGAUGGUCAGUCGGUAAACUACGUGAGGUCAACAACCCGAUUUGGCACAGCGACUUCGUGGCAAACCUCGCCCAGGGCAUAAGUGAGGAGCAGGCUGCGCGGGCCAAAAGGGUUGACACGAGAUACUUCUGUUUAGAAAGGUUCAGCAUGCCGCCGCCAUUCAUCUAG